CUAAACCUAACUGCCGGCAAUAAGGCGUGACUUGAGAGGACGUUGAGAGGCGCGAAACUAACAAGGACACCUCACUGUUCUGCCAAACACCACCCCGCAUACUUUAACAACUGUAAAAUAGCCUUACACGAUACAAAGAAUAUCUUUUGCGUGAUCCCUGGCAGCCCAAAGAGUGUUCAACUCAAAGAACGCAGAGAGCAGCUGCAGCAGGGCCAGCCCUGCAAACUGAGCCGCGAUGUGCGGCAUCGUGGGCUAUUACACAUUCAAUGUCCAACGGGACUUGAAAUUCGUGCUGGACUGCCUAUUCAACGGAUUGAAGCGCCUUGAGUACCGCGGCUAUGACUCCGCGGGCAUUGCGUUCGACGUGGUGGACGCGUACCCGCUGACGCAGAAGCUCGCCGAUGGCACCCAGGCUGUGAUCUCGGAGGAGAACGGCGUGCUGGAGUCGGUCGGGCCGCUGAUCAUCAAGGAGGUGGGCAAGGUGGACGCGCUGGAGCGCCUGGCCCACGAGACCAUCGCGCGGGACCAGCUGGACCUCAAACGGGAGUUCCGCAGCCAGGUCGGCAUCGCGCACACGCGCUGGGCCACGCACGGCCCGCCGUCGGUGGUGAACAGCCACCCCAUCCCGUCGGACCCGGAGGGCCAGUUCGUGGUGGUGCACAACGGCAUCAUCACCAACUACAACCUCAUUAAGGACUUCCUGAUCAAGCACGGCGAGGUGUUCAAAACGGAGACGGACACGGAGGUCAUCCCCAAGCUGUGCAAGUUCGUGUACGACCGCCUGGGCGAGCGCGUGCCCUUCCCCAAGCUGGUGAUGGAGGUGCUGAAGAAGCUGGAGGGCGCCUACGCAGUGCUGGUCAAGAGCACGCACUACCCGGGGGAGCUGGUGGCGUGCAAGCGCGGCAGCCCCAUGAUCCUGGGCAUCAAGGAGGUGCCCGGCCAGCGCCGCACCAGCUUCAACCGCCUGCACGACGCCUCCGACACCAAGUGGCGCCGCGAGUCCAUCGAGUGCUUCAUCGCCUCGGACGCCUCCGCAGUCAUCGAGCACACCAAGCGCGUGAUUGUGUUGGAGGACAACGACGUGCUGCACCUGUGCGGCGGCGGCUACGGCAUCUACAACACGCAGGGUGACAACGUGGAGGAGGCGGUGCCGCGUGUGCUGCUCACACUGCAGCUGGAGGUGGAGCAAAUCAUGAAGGGCGGCUACGACCACUUCAUGCAGAAGGAGAUCCACGAGCAGCCGGAGAGCCUGCUGCAGACCAUGCGCGGUCGAGUGCAGUUCCAGCGACCCGCGGUGGGCAACCCCUACCUCACGCAGCGCGUGAAGCUGGGCGGCCUGGUGGAGCACGGCGCCACCAUCAGCCGCUGCCGCCGCAUCCUGCUGGUGGCGUGCGGCACCUCCUUCCACGCCUGCCUGGCGGCGCGCGCCACGCUGGAGGAGAUGUGCGAGGUGCCGGUGGUGCUGGAGCUGGCCUCGGACUUCCUGGACCGCCGCUGCCCCAUCUUCAGGGACGACACGUGUUUCUUCCUGUCCCAGUCCGGCGAGACGGCGGACACGCUGCGGGCGCUCGAGUACAGCAAGGCGCACGGGGCGCUGUGCGUGGGCGUCACCAACACGGUGGGCUCCGCCAUCAGCCGCAUGACGCACUGCGGCGUGCACCUCAACGCCGGCUACGAGAUCGGCGUGGCCAGCACCAAGGCCUACACCAGCCAGAUCCUGGCCAUCACCAUGAUGGCGCUGCAGCUGGCGGAGGACUCCAUCAGCAAGCGCGAGCGCCGCGACUGCAUCAUUGACGAGCUGGGCCAGCUGCCGGGCAAGGUGCGCAGCACGCUGAUGCUGGACGGCGCCAUGCGCGAGCUGGCGGAGCAGCUCAAGGGCGCGGGCAACCUGCUGUUCUUCGGGCGCGGGUACAACUACGCCACAGCGCUGGAGGCGGCGCUCAAGGUGAAGGAGGUGGCCAUCAUCCACAGCGAGGGCAUCCUGGCGGGCGAGAUGAAGCACGGCCCGCUGGCGCUGGUGGACAAACACAUGCCCAUCGUCGUCAUCGCCACGCGCGACACCAUGUACAAGAAGAUGGAGUCGGUCAUCCAGCAGCUGCUGGCGCGCGAGGCGCAGCUGUACAUCCUGUGCAACGAGAACGACGAGUCCAUGAAGCAGUACGAGGCCAAGGGCUGCAAGCUCAUACAGGUGCCCGAGACGGUGGACUGCCUGCAGCCGGUGAUCAACAUCGUGCCGCUGCAGCUGCUGUCGUACCACCUCACAGUGCUGCGCGGCUUCAACGUGGACCAGCCGCGCAACCUGGCCAAGAGCGUCACGGUGUCUGAGGAGCACUGAGCGCAGCGCUGAGUAGCCGGAGCAGGGAGGAGGAGGCAGAGGGAGGAGGGAGGUGGCAGAGGGAGGAGGGAGGUGGUAGAGGGGGGAGGGAGAGGGGGGAGGGGGGGAGGGGGUGGCGGAGGGGGAGGAGGAUGAGGAGGGUAAGGAGGAAGGGAAGGCGUAGGCACGCGGACGGCGCGGUGUACCUAUUAUUCAUAUGUUUGCAGCACUCAGUUGUACGUGUCACGUGUGAACGUGUGCAUGUGUUUACUCAUGACUACGUGUGUACGUAAGCCCACCUCGCGCGGGUUCCCUGCUGUGGGCACGCUGGGUUCGUGGGGGGUGUUUAGGGUUAGGGCCAAGGGCAGGGGGUAGCUGGUGGUGGUGACCACGUGCGCGGGACGUGAGCCUCGAGGCAUGUGCACGGUUGACGCAGAGCAUUAGGUAGAUGUGGAGGAGCUGGGGGGGAUGACUGCGCGGGACGUUUCGUGUGCUGCGAUAACUCCAUAUACAGCUUACAAGACCGAGACUUAUGGCAAAUGUGAAGCCAGCUAGAGGCGCGUGUUGUGCGGUUGCCUGGACGCACACAGGACUUGUGACUAGGCUGACUAGGGGUUUUGGCAACCGUGUACAGGGUGCGGCGCAUGCGCGGGAUGCCGCAGUGCAAAGUGCGGCAUGCGAUGGGUUCGCGAGCUCGCAACAGGCCGGUGAGCAGCAGGCGCGUGCAUGGUUACGCGUGACGAACACGACGACAAGGACGCAAAGUAUAACACCAUGUGUGUGAGGGUGCUUGUGCUUGUGGGAGAGAGUGCGAGGGGUGCUUCAUGGUGCUGGCAGGGGGAGUUGGACCCCUCGUCGCAAGCAGGGGGUUUUGAGAUACGGCCCAGUCGGCAGAGGGAGUUUGCGGCGGGUGCCUAUACCGCGUCGCCAGCAGCGGAUGUGAGGUAGCUAUACGGCCCAGUCAGCCUGUUGUUAUGAAGAGAAUCUCGUAUGAUGCGCGCACCGUCUUUGUGCCGGGGAUGGAUGGAUUGAGGGGAAAGGGGUGAAGGAAAGGAGGGAGCGCAGCGCUGGAUGGGGGCGGCGAGUAGCGCGGGCAGUGGGCA